CGUUAGUUACAACUCAAACUUAGUCCACUGGUUUUAUGAAGAUAUAAAUUUUUAUAAAAUGGAAAGCCUUAAAAUAACCUUGAUAUUCCUGACUGUCUCGUUCAACUCAAUUUUUGCAGACUUUGAAGUUGUGAUAACUGGACCCCAUUCAUCAUCCAUUCUGGAAGAGGACUAUCUAACCACUUAUAUUCCAAUCUAUGUCGGCGUUAUUGUUUCCUUGUUUACCCUUCUGGUCAUCGUGCUCCGCUUGCAGGGUCGACCCUUCUUAUCGGAAAGUGGGUUUGUCAGAAUUUGGUGGGGGGAUAUUGAUUCGCCCGAAAAUUCGCAACAUGUCACCGAUUGGUACACGUUCACUCAUAUGCUUCACGGGCUGAUCUUUUUCUAUUUGACGUAUCCCCUUCUCAUAUGGGUCCAUUUUACAGUAAAUUAUAACUUUGUUAUCGCACUAGUGACCGAAGUGGUGUGGGAGAUUGUUGAAAAUACGAAAUGUGUGAUUGGGCGGUAUAGAAGGACCGAGGGUUCGACCGAAUAUGGGGGGGAUUCCGUGUUAAAUUCCGUAUUUGACACGAUAGCUAUGUCGGCCGGGUUUUGGUUGGCGUGGAUCAUCCCGUGGUAUGCGACAGUGGGGUUGGCCGUGGUGGAAGAGGUCGUCCUGGCAAUUGUAAUAAGGGACAAUUUGGUGUUAAAUAUGGUGCAAAUUGUAUUUCGCGUUAAAUGUGUGUCGGACUGCCAGGAGAGGGGGAAACGAAAAAGAGUGACAAAUGGGAAGGUGGGGGAGGUUAAAACGGAGGAGGAGGAGGAGGAAAUGAAUGUAUAAUUGUGCUUACUCAAUACAGCAGUUGGAAUACAAUGGCUAAAAGAUAGUGUAUGCUUUAAAUCAUAAGUUUCUGUAAUAUGGCGUUGAUUAUGUCAAUAAAUUUCUGGACUAGCAA